AUUUCACAUUCGGUCGUCAACAUUGAAAGUGUCUCGGUGACGUUGAUUCUUGACUUAAAAACAAAAAACAAAAAAAAAAUUUUAACGAAAAGGAGAAGAAGUGGUUUCAAAGAACGAAUUCUGCAUACGAGAAAAAAAACACAACAAUAACGAUAACAUAUCAAAACUAGUACAAGUCGGCUAAUCGCCACCAAUUACCACGAACAUGUCAAACAAAACAAACACAACAGCAACGACAAAAACACUAAAGGCAGCUGACGAGAUUGAUAAGAUACGUCUUAAUCUUGUCGAUGACUGGAAAGUACUUAGCUCCGUCUAUGAUUUGUUGCAUAAUGAGAAAGCGUUUUGUGUUUCCGAAGCCGAUCGGGACGCGGUAAAAAUUGUGCACUUUAUGCAGCCGAAUGAAAUGAAGCAAUUGAUUGACCUCAGCAUUGAUGAAAAUAAGACACAUACGGUUGAGGAGAUACAGAAUUUAUGUCGUCUUGUGAUUAAAUAUUCAGUGAAAACCAAUCAUGGCCGGUUUCAUAAUCAGCUCUUCGGUCAAAUGGAUCCGUAUGGAUUGAUGGGGCAAUGGAUCACCGAUGCAUUGAACGCAAGCGCUUACACCUAUGAAGUCGGCCCCGUCUUCUCACUAAUGGAAACUGAAAUCAUACGCACCGUUUGUCAAUUGGCCGGUUAUGUUGAAGGUGAUGGCAUCUUCGCACCUGGCGGCUCCAUAUCUAAUAUGUAUGGCCUUGUCUUGGCUCGCUACAAACGUCAUCCACAAGUCAAAACGGCCGGCAUGUUUGGCAUGCGUCCACUUGCGCUCUUCACAUCUGAAGAGUCACAUUAUAGCUUUGUUAAAGCCGCACAUUGGUUAGGGCUAGGCGCCGAUAAUUGUGUGAUUGUCAAAACAAAUGAACGCGGUCAAAUGUUGUCUGAUGAUUUGGAGGCGAAAAUUUUACAGGCGCAAGAGAAGGGACUCGAACCGUUUUUUGUGAAUGCCACAGCUGGGACAACAGUUUUGGGUGCGUUCGAUGAUCUCAAUGAGACAGCAGAUGUGUGUGAUAAAUAUGGCCUGUGGUUGCAUGUAGAUGCAUGUCUUGGCGGCGCAGCAUUGGUUUCCUAUAAUAAUCGUCACUUGUUGGCCGGUCUUGAACGCACCCAUUCCUUUGCUUGGAAUCCACACAAAUCCCUCGGCGCACCGUUGCAGUGCUCGCUCUUUCUAACACGCGAGCGUGAUCUACUCAAUCGUUGCAAUAGCAUUCAGGUGAACUAUCUCUUUCAGCAGGAUAAGUUUUAUGAUGUCUCCUAUGACACAGGCAAUAAGAGCGUACAAUGUGGUCGUAAAAUUGAUGCUUUUAAAUUUUGGUUGAUGCUGAAGGCUCGUGGUUAUGGCAGUUUCGGUCGUCUCUUGGACCAUGCGAUAGAUAUAUCCAAGGUUUUAGUGGAGAAAAUUAGGCAGCGUAGCAGUGAACGUUUCCGUUUGGUCAUGGAUGAAUAUCAGUAUAUGAACGUCUGUUUUUGGUAUAUACCGAAGGCGUUGAGAGGACUCGAUGAAACGAAGGAGUGGCGCGAGCGUUUGUAUGCGGUGGCGCCUAAGAUCAAAGAGCGCAUGGCCUUUACCGGUACUAUUAUGAUCGGCUAUACGCCACUGCAGUAUCGUAGCCUGGGCAACUUCUUCCGUAUGGUAUUCACUUGUUUCCCCGUGUUGGAGGAAAAGGAAUUGGAUUUUAUUUUGGACGAAAUUGAACGUCUGGGCGACGAGUGCGAGUAUUAAGUUGAUAUUUUAAGGUUAAGAUUUUGUUGUACACAUAGCUAAGUAUUUAUAAUUUUAAUAUUUUUGCAAAUAAAUAUUUUCCUGAUGGAAAGAAGAA